UCCUCUGCUGAGCCUGCUGCACUCGAAGCUCUUUAAAUUGUCCAGCCAAGCUGUCACUUCUCUUCACUAACACCCUUCCAACUUUGCUCUUCUUUGUAACAAAGAAGAAGCAAUGAGCCGAAUUAAAGAGAUUCUCGCCAAUUUUUCUGGUUCAGCCAAACACAUUUCCUCAAACAAGAAAAUUUUCUUGGCAGUUUUUGCAUCUUUAGUCAUUGUUACUGCCAUAAUCGGUAUUGGGGUGAGUUCACUAAAUGACGAACACGAUACCUCCCAUCACCCCAUUGUGAAAUCGGCUUGUAGUGUCACAUUCUACCCUGAGUUAUGCUUCUCAGAAGUUGCUAAAGUUCCUGCUGGAACAGCCAAGAAGGUGAGGAGCCAAAAGGAUGUCAUCGUAUUGUCUCUCAACAUCACCACCACCGCCGUCGAGCACAAUUACUUCAACAUCAAGAAGCUGUUGACUCGAAAGGGGUUGACGGUGCGUGAAAAGACCGCCCUCCAUGAUUGUCUGGAGACCAUCGAUGAGACCCUCGACGAGCUUCACGAAGCUGUCGAGGAUCUUCAUGAGUAUCCAAAAAAGAAAUCUUUGGUUCAGCAUGCCGAUGACCUCAAGACCCUCAUCAGUGCUGCCAUGACCAACCAGGAGACUUGCUUGGACGGCUUUUCUUACGAAGAGGCCGACAAGAAAAUUCGUCAAGCGCUGAUUGAUGGAGAGAGGUACGUCGAAAAGAUGUGCAGUAAUGCGCUUGCCAUGAUCAAGAACUUGACGGACACUGACAUUGCGAACGAGAUGACGCGCAAGACAUCGAACAGGAAGCUGAAGGAGGACGAGAAUGGCAUUGCCUGGCCAGAGUGGUUAUCCACCGGCGACAGGCGUCUGCUUCAGUCGUCUUCGGUAACCCCUGACGUGGUUGUGGCGGUAGAUGGAAGCGGAGACUUCAAAACGGUGUCGGAAGCGGUGGCCAAAGCACCGGAAAAAAGCAGCAAAAGGUAUAUCAUUAGAAUCAAAGCAGGUGUCUACAAAGAAAACGUAGACAUCCCAAAGAAGAAGACUAACAUAAUGUUUAUCGGAGACGGGAGGACCAGAACUAUCAUCACUGGGAGUAGGAAUGUGGUGGAUGGAAGCACCACUUUCCACUCUGCUACAGUUGCUGCGGUUGGUGCAGGGUUCCUUGCCCGAGACAUAACCUUCGAAAACACAGCGGGUCCUUCAAAGCAUCAAGCCGUCGCUCUCCGUGUCGGUUCGGAUCUCUCAGCAUUCUACCAAUGUGACAUGCUGGCAUACCAGGACACACUCUACGCUCACUCCAAUCGGCAGUUUUACAUCAACUGCAUCGUGGCUGGAACCGUUGAUUUCAUCUUCGGCAACGCUGCAGCCGUGUUCCAAGACUGUGACAUCCAUGCUCGAAAGCCGAACUCAGGGCAGAAAAACAUGGUGACAGCCCAAGGCAGGACCGACCCUAACCAAAACACUGGCAUUGUGAUCCAGAAAUGUAGGAUAGGUGCCACUUCUGAUUUGCAACCUGUAAUUUCAAACUUCCCGACAUAUCUUGGCAGACCUUGGAAGGAAUAUUCAAGGACUGUCAUAAUGCAAUCGACUAUCAGUAAUGUGAUCCACCCUGUCGGAUGGCACGAGUGGAGCGGGAGUUUUGCCCUGAAAACAUUGUUUUACGCGGAGUACGAGAACACCGGUGCCGGUGCUUUGACUUCCGGGAGGGCGAAUUGGGAAGGGUACAGGGUGAUCACUAGUGCAACCGAGGCUCAGGAUUUUACUCCUGGCAGGUUCCUUGGUGGUGGAGGUUGGUUAAGCUCUACAGGCUUUCCUUUCUCUCUUGGGUUGUAAUAAGUUUGAAGCUUGUACUGUCAUGUAACAACUACUACUUGUCUGGUUUGAGAUUACAUUGCGGCCAUGUAUAUGUCAAAUUAUUACUAAUGUAAAAGUCAAAAUUAGCGUAUGAAAAGGUUUUCUUCAAAUUUUUAUCUGA